CUCAGGUUCGCUACUCCAUCGAUUCGCUCCGACUCUCCCAGCCGUCCUGAGCCCCGGUGGAGUGGGGAUCCCUGUGUGAUUGAGAUGAGGAAACCAAGGCUGCAGUGGGUACAGUGACUCGCCUUCAAGCCAUCUCUUCAGCCGCAGGCGUCUCCCUGAAAGGGCCCCAGCAUGAACACGUCCCAGGGCACCGUGGGCAGCGACCCCGUCAUCCUCGCCACCGCCGGCUACGACCACACCGUGCGCUUCUGGCAGGCCCACAGCGGGAUCUGUACCCGCACGGUGCAGCACCAAGACUCGCAGGUGAAUGCCCUGGAGAUCACCCCCGACAGAAGCAUGAUUGCUGCUGCAGGUUACCAGCACAUCCGGAUGUAUGAUCUCAAUUCCAAUAACCCCAACCCCGUCAUCAACUACGAUGGAGUGAGCAAGAACAUCACUUCCGUGGGAUUCCAUGAGGAUGGCCGCUGGAUGUACACAGGAGGAGAGGACAGCAUGGCCAGGAUCUGGGACCUCAGGUCACGGAAUCUCCAGUGCCAGCGAAUUUUCCAAGUGAACGCGCCUAUUAACUGUGUGUGUCUGCACCCAAACCAGGCUGAACUGAUUGUUGGUGACCAGAGCGGCGCUAUCCACAUCUGGGACCUGAAAACUGACCACAAUGAGCAGCUGAUUCCAGAACCAGAAGUCUCUGUGAAUUCAGUUCACAUUGACCCUGAUGCCAGUUACAUGGCAGCUGUCAACAGUACAGGAAACUGUUACGUCUGGAACUUGACCGGAGGCAUUGGGGAAGAAGUGACUCAGCUGAUUCCCAAAACCAAAAUCCCAGCUCAUACGAGAUAUGCCCUGCAGUGUCGGUUCAGUCCUGACUCCACGCUCCUGGCCACCUGCUCAGCAGACCAAACGUGCAAAAUCUGGAGGACCUCAAAUUUCUCUUUGAUGACAGAGCUAAGCAUUAAGAGCAACAAUCCUGGAGAGACUUCGAGAGGCUGGAUGUGGGACUGCGCCUUUUCUGGAGACUCUCAGUACAUUGUAACAGCCUCCUCUGAUAAUUUAGCACGGCUGUGGUGUGUGGACACAGGAGAGAUCAAGAGAGAGUAUGGUGGACACCAGAAGGCUGUAGUCUGCCUGGCAUUCAAUGACAGUGUCCUGGGCUAGCCUGAAAGCCUCUCUGCUCUUGGACCUUCAGGGAACAGGAGCUGCUCAAGACUGCAGUGCUAGUUAAAGAAAUGUGGCUUCUGAACAUGGGAAAUCUCAGCUUCAACUCAAAGAGGAGUCCUAGCUCUACCCCCUUCUUGGUCUCAGGGCACUGGAGAAGGCUUCAUAGGAAUGGAACUGGGGAGAGUAAAGGGAUAGUGGGCUGAACUUCCCACUGCUAGUUCUAAGGCAGUUUUGUGCUGUCUGCCUCUUCUGGGGCCUUCCAUUGUGGUCAGGACGUUCCCUUUCUAUGCUUAUGUGUACAUAUAGAGUUCUUGGACAGAGAAAGUUGGACAUUAAAAAGCCAGUUUCAUCUGGUGUCUGUGCACACAA